AUGCACUUCACCACCGCCACCAUCUCCCUCCUCGCCCUCGCCGGCGCCUCCAUCGCCACGCCCCUGGCAAAGGUCGAGAAGCGCUUCAACGGCGGCUGGUGCGGCCUGCACCUGCACGUCUCCUCGGGCGACAACGACAUGGAGGACGUCACGGCCAAGGUGUUCGACGGCAACGGCAUCCUGAUCGCGGCGCCCGCCAAGGUGCACUCGGACGAGGGGACCGUGACGGUCGACAUCCAGGAGGGCGGCAUGCCCGCGAACCUGCACAUCAUCGUCACGCAGGACAAACAGGAUGACAAUGUCGCUUCCUUCACCUACGGCGACCAAGGCUGGACCAGCGGCAACGCCAAGAACCCCAACUCCCGCUGCAAGGUCGGCGACUGGGACCUCGCCAGCACCUUCGAUGAGCAUGAGACCGUGGAUCUCGACUGCGGUUUCAGCUGCUAG